AUGCGCCCAGAGAACCCCGGGGGUUGGGGAAGGAGAGAGCCCGGGGCCCAGCGCCCUCCGCGCGUGCGCAGCUCGGUGCAGGGCUGCGCCGGAAGUGCUUCUUUUCGGGCGCCGCGUGAGCCGGUGCGCGCCGGAAGUACGUGUCAGUGUGCCGGAAGUGCGUGUGCGCGGUGCGCCCCUGCGGACAUGGCGGCGGAGACGCCUCGGACCCGGGCCGCCCCCGGGCCCCACAGGCUGCUGCUUUCGCUGCUGCUCCUCGCGGCCGCCGCCAUGCCGCUGGGCCGGACCCAGGGAGACGAGUUCCGGCCCGGCCAGUGGGGGGCGGCGGCGGGGGGCGCGGCGGCUGCGGCGCGGGGGCGCAGGUACCUCCUGUACGACGUGAAUCCUCCCGAAGGCUUCAAUCUCCGCCGGGACGUCUACAUCCGUGUGGCGUCUCUCCUGAAGACUUUGCUGAAGACCGAGGAGUGGGCGCUGGUCCUCCCGCCCUGGGGCCGCCUCUAUCACUGGCAGAGCCCCGACAUCCACCAGGUCCGGAUCCCGUGGGCCGAGUUUUUUGACCUUCCGAGUCUCAAUAAAAACAUACCUGUGAUUGAGUAUGAACAGUUCAUUGCAGAGUCAGGCGGCCCCUUUAUUGAGCAGGUGUAUGUCCUGCAAAGUUAUGCAGAAGGCUGGAAAGAGGGGACCUGGGAGGAGAAGAUUGAUGAGCGGCCAUGCAUCGAUCAGCUCCUGUACUCCCGGGACAAACACGACUAUUAUCGAGGAUGGUUCUGGGGCUACGAAGAAACAAGAGGUCUAAGGGUAUCUUGUCUGUCCGUCCAAGGGUCUGCAUCCAUCGUCGCCCCGGUGCUUUUGAAGAACACAUCAGCCCGAUCAGUGAUGUUAGACAGAGCUGAAAACCUCCUUCACGACCACUAUGGAGGGAAAGAAUAUUGGGACACCCGUCGGAGCAUGGUGUUUGCCAAACACCUUCGUGUGGUGGGAGAUGAUUUCAGAAGCAAGUACUUGAACUCCACCAAUGACGCAGACAAGAUAGCUUACAGUGAAGACUGGACAAAGAUGCAGGUAAAGCUGGGCACCUCCCUAGGCGGUCCUUACCUCGGAGUACACCUCAGAAGGAAGGAUUUUAUCUGGGGUCACAGAGAAGACGUGCCCAGUCUGCAUGGGGCAGUGAAGACCAUCCGGAGCCUUAUGGAGACCCACAAGCUGGACAGAGUGUUUGUAGCGACGGAUGCAGUUAGAAAGGAAUGUGAGGAGCUCAAGAGGCUGCUUCCUGAAAUGGUGAGGUUUGAGCCCACCUGGGAGGAGCUGGAGCUCUACAAAGAUGGCGGCAUAGCCAUCAUUGACCAGUGGAUAUGUAGCCAUGCCCGAUUCUUUAUUGGCACCUCCGUGUCCACGUUCUCCUUUCGGAUUCAUGAAGAAAGAGAGAUUCUGGGCCUAGACCCCAAAACGACUUAUAACCGAUUUUGUGGGGACCAGGAAAAGCAGUGUGAACAGCCCACCCACUGGAAGAUCGCCUACUGAGGGAGUGCCCUUGCCGUGCUUAGCACCUGCACCCAGGCCCAGGAGCACCUUUUGUCUGUCGCAGCGCCCUCUGCCUGUGCCCUGAACGCUCAUCAGGCCAGUCGAUGGUGUGGACUGGCUCGAGAGGCCAGCCCCAGGGAGGGCAGACGCCACUGGAGAGGAGCCGCGGGGUUGGAUGUAAAUGGAAUCACUGCUAGAAGGCCAGCUUUUCGUCCUGUGCUCGGCAGGGUGUGAGCUCUGGGCUCCACUCUCUCGAACUCUGUUUACAGCUUUUGUCCAGAGCAAUCGAUUUAAGGCCUGGUCAGAACAUCUCAGGGAGAAGAGUCCUGAUGUCCAAGGGGAUGUGUUUCCUAGGACAGUUUGGGAGGGUUUUCACAAGCCUUUUGUCCAGUUUUGAAAUCACAGUUUAAUCCAGAUUUCUGCCCCUCUCUAAAAGGCCUGGCCCUGAGGUCAGGCCAGCAGUGCACUUGUGGGCACCACAGAACUGACCAAAGAGUGUUUAUUCUCCCCUGUAGUAAAGAAGACAAAAGUCAGGUAGGCCCCAGAACAUCCUUGCUGGGCUUUGUGAGGGUGGGCGAAGGCUCCCUUGGUGGCUCCCCUGAGCAGCCACUCCGAGGGCAGCUUCUGAACCUUGGUGGUUCUGUUCUAAUCAGGAGAGAGAUGGCCCGGGGCCGGGUUUCCAAGUCGGAUUUGUCCUGUCCAGGGAGAAGAGAGCUCCUUCUCUGAAUUCCAGUGUCCUUCUGAGGAGCCAGUGCUGCUCAUCACGGCCCAAGCCCACCCUCCAGCGCCUUCUUCUGCAGCUGUCUGAUCCCACUCCAGACGUGGUGGGAAAGAGCCAAGGCCAAGGUGGGGGCUGUUACUUUUAACAUUGUUUGAGCUGAACUUUUUCCCAUCCUGGUCUCAUUGCCUGUGAUCCUAGUAGGUAGAAUAGUACCCAUCAACUUCAGAAGAUUUACCUUAGACAAGAUAUUGGCAGAUUCACUGGAUUUUUUGGCUCUGUAUUUUUUUAAAAAAUCAUUUUUCUACGUCUUUCCAACACUGCCCCCAUUAGUAGUUCUACCAAAGAAAAUAUGGGGCUGUACCAUGGGCUUGAGGUAGAGGGGCAGAAGGAGGGGCCUCGGCCCUACUCUGGAGGCCUGGGGUUCAUCCCUUUCCUGGGACAUACAAUCCUCUCUCACAAAACCUCCCCCACUGGACAAAUGCUUUAAAGAUGACCUCUUGGUCGUGGUUCUUUGGAGGGCAUGUAUCAUCAGAGAAGGGCAGAUAAGCCCCGGAAUCACUGCUCGCAUGGACUUUCUGCUGCCCCAUUUAAUCAGUGCUAUCAAUAGUAUAUGGCUUCUGGCCCAACCCUGAGCAGGAGCACCUGGGCCCAGGUCCUAGGGACCCCUGUGACUGCGUCACUCAGGUGUGCGUCCUUCAUUCAGCCCACUUCUUAAAGACCCUUCCCCUCCUGACUUCUAAUGGAAGAAAGAUGGUGCUCUCCUCCACACCCCAGGCCAUGUGGAGCGCUAGCAGAGGAUUUAUUUUUUUUCACAUGUAAAGUCAAGUAUUAUGAAUAAAAUGAAGUUUCCAGGAAGCUUGUGGCCUGCAGAUGGUGCCUUUUUAUACGUUGGACCUUUUUUUAGCCUAAGACCUAUGCAGUAAGUUGUGGAAUUCAGCUGUGUGCCUCCUAUUUCUAAGGACAAUAAAAUGCUUUGUAGUA